UUAGUUCAUUGCUCGCGUAGCUAUCUGAAUUCUGAAAUACUCGCCCAAAGGUGGCGAUACCUUCGCGCGUCUGAUCUCGUCUCGUCGCUUUUCUAUGCGCGUGAUUCACCUGGACAUUGGUGUUGUGAUUAUGUGUUGUGCGACGGGGUUGCAGACAGCUUGCGCCAGCUUAAAAGCGUCGGGUCCAACGCUUUGAAGAACAUGAAUUUUGUGUGUGUACCAUUCCAUCUAGAAAAUGUAACGUGUGCCAACAGACGUGUGAUAAAAUCAUGCGGUGUCUAACCCUAAUCGCUCCAGAGGCCUCAGCGUUUUGUAUAAGAACAGUACGGUGCUUGCCCAUACUGGAAAAGACGCUUUUAUUGUGGUGAUGAGCCAAGGGCCGUGUUUUUGGUGCGGUUAGAGUUUUGAGUAGUAUCCUGUGCCAGAACCAUCGAUGACAAUGUCGAAGCCGCCGAGUGACAACGUUACCACCUACAAAUUGGUCGUGGUUGGUGACGGCGGGGUCGGCAAGUCGGCCCUGACCAUCCAGUUCUUUCAAAAACUUUUCGUCACGGACUACGACCCGACCAUUGAAGAUUCGUAUAUACAGCAUACUGAAAUUGAUGGCCAGUUGUGCAUUCUGGAUGUGUUGGACACAGCGGGCCAAGAGGAGUUCAGUGCAAUGCGGGAGCAGUACAUGCGCAAGGGGGAUGGCUUCCUGCUGGUGUACUCGGUGACAGACAAGCAGAGCUUUGACAACAUGUGCCACUUCCACACUCAAAUCCUGCGUGUCAAAGACCGUGAUUCAUAUCCCAUGCUGCUGGUGGCCAACAAGGUGGACCUGGUGCACCUACGACGAGUCUCCGAGGAACAAGGUCGAGAGCUUGCCCAACAGCUGAAGAUAAGCUACAUAGAGACAAGUGCCAAAGACCCGCCUCUUAACGUGGAUGCUGCAUUUCACGAAGUGGUGAGGAUAAUUAGAAAUCAACCGCCACAGCUCGACCAGAAGCGACGGAGAAAGUGGUGGAAGAACUCCCGCUGCACCCUGCUGUAACGAGCCUGCCGUGUGCCACUGGUGUGACCUUUCUUGAUUGACAGGAUGCAAUGUUUUUCUUUUUUUUUUGUCUUGCAGGUCUUUUUGGGAUAGUAUGGUAUUUUAAACACCAGGUAAUUCAUUUGGCAGCUAAAGGAAAUCAAUUCAAAUGAGUUCAGGCAGCAUUAGGGUUAUCCUUGGCAUACAUCCCAAACGGUACUGCACUGUGAUCUUUUUUCUUUUUUUUUAACCAUUGCAGCCACAGUCACACUUCAUGUGCAGCUGUUAAUGUGCCAGUGUUUGCCAGCACAGCCAUUUUCCUUAGCACUAUAUUUGCUUUAGGAGUGAAGCAAACCAACCAAAGAUCAGAACAGAACUCUGUGGCAGUUAUCAUGAUCAUUUUCAAAGCAUAAAGUGUUGUCAACAAGGCUUUGUACAUAAUGAGUGGCCAUAUUGAAAGAGCACAUCAAUGAACUUUAAAGCUACCCGUAUUGACUUUUGCCAUGUUUUGAUCUCUUCAUUCAAAUGUACUUUUUGUUUUCCACUAUGCCUGAUGUCAGGAGGCAAUUUAGCAGGAUUCGUGUGUGCUUCAUAUGAAAGCUUCAGCACAAGCAGGUGAUUGCAAGAGAAACACAUCCCCUUCAGGAGCUGUGUGCACAAUUGUGCACACUAAGAAUGUGCAUCAAAAGAAAAAGUUCUGAUGAAAAUAAUUAUAUCUAAAAUGUGUCACAAACAUUGUGAAACACUUAUGAUUGGACCUAUGUUGCAUGUUUGAAUAAUAUGUGUUCAAUGUCUUAGUAAAACGAGUUGGAAGGUAGUUGUGGGUGUUUACUCUUACUGUGUCUUCAUAUAGCAAUUCCGCGUUUUUCAUUGUUUUUCACAAUGUUUUACAUCUAAUGUAUGUUUCAAGUCGCUGGACUGAUGCUUUUCAAUUGUGCUAAACAUGAAAUAGUUGGUGUCUUUAUAUCAGAUGUUCUUGUAGAGUUCUUGCAUGAAAUUCAUUCUGUAAAGCUGACAAAACUGAUUGAAGAACUGAAAAUUCAUAAUCUGUUCUACAGCAAGACUCUUUCAUGUUUCUGAAUAUACAAAAAAUCUGAUGUAACUAAACUUUAAAUGGAAAGAAUUGUUUGAUGCCUGAAGGGGAUAUGGGAUCAUUGCUCGUCAUGUCAAGUGUUCACUUCGAGUGAGGCAUUUCAUGUCUAAAGCAUGAGGUGGAUGACUUUUUUUCCUCCUCCAACUUGUUUUGUGAUCAUAUGUGUUAACUGAUUCAUUAAAGCGUUGAAAGACAAGGUACCAAGCCUGUAGGCAGCACAUUUGGAUAGCUGGUGGAAUGCUAUCUUGUUAGAGCCUUGAUGCUGGAUGUCGGCGUUGUUAAGCAAGCACACUCCUUCCUAAUGAGCCAAGUUUCAAUUUUACAAUGGUGCGUAUGACUUCUUGCUUUGAAUCUGGCUUGUAGUUUUAUGCAGCAUUGCUAAUGCUUAGCAAUCUUAAUGUCGCUGUGUCGUUUAACAGCUGAACUUGCAUGCGAUCACAGCAAGUGUCAUUUCUUUAUUCUCCUUUUUUAGUUCAUAAUUUCGAGGUAUCUUUACGGAAGGCUGGCUGCAAGCUAUAUUAAAGGCCAACAAGUGUACCAAAGCGGAAAAACCAAGAUUAAUGGAUUGUAAAAACGAGUCAAUCACUUAGUAACUCGGUCAAAUCUGUGUCAUCAUUCUUGCUUUUACAUCAAAAUUUUAUAUCAUUUUUAUGGGAAACACGAAUAGAGAGUGUGUGUGUGUGUAUGUGUUGUGUGUGUGUAGCAUGAUAUGUUUAGGAUGGCUUCUGCAAAUUAUUGGAAUCUGUUAAAGUGUGUACCUAAGUGAUAGAAGACCUCUUUUCAUUCUUCUGUGCAAGAGAACUCGAGUUCUCUUGCAAAUGCACAUGGUUAUAGUUUCUUGUUGGCAAAAAAAAAAAAAAAAAUAGAAAUGUUACGCAAUAAGCCAACUUCUGCGCACUCUUGGAAAUCUUUUCCUUAGCAGUGGAAUGACACAAAGAGCUCAGGAUUUAGCCCCUUUCUUUAAAGUAAUAUAUUGCACAGCUCAUUGCAGUAAACUGUCUAAACCUGCAGCAGUUCUGCUGAAGACAAUGUGAAAAGUUGACCGAACUGGAGAAAUGUGCUCUCUGCACAGUCAUGUGCUAGAGUAAUAGCAAUCGCACACAGCUUAUUAAGUGAGAGCUGUGCCCAUUCCACGUACAUUGCUUUCAGGAUUAGCUUAGCAAGACUCCAUGGUUCCUCCAUGCCAAGUCUGAGUAAUCUAGGAGCUUGUACCGCCAUUAUGUGAUCACAGCUCCAUAGAUCUACAAGAGCCUCUUUAAUAGCAGAAAAUGCAUUGAAAAUAAUUGUGCGUGACACAGAGGAAAGUGAACUCUUUUCACAGACUGCUUCUUUUCACAGAAUGCCUGGUGCAUUCAAUUACAAGUAAGGAAGUUGUGAUGGUGUGUGGUCGGUCACGUGGUACAUGUACACAAGUGAUAAGGUUUAUCUGUAGGGCAUGAAUUCUCUUAGUCUUGGGAACCAUGGUAGAUUGGGUUAUAUUGUAAUUUACUAUUGUACUUUAGAUAAAAAAUGCAAAUGUAAUGCAAGUGCACUCAGUGUCCCGCUUUUGCACUUUUACACUAGUACUCUCUUAAAGCAUUUGAGUUCGAAAUUUUCUGCAUAACUGGCUGUCCUGUGGUUGGUUCCAUCAAUGUAAAAAUAACAUCUUUCAAUUUAUGCCUUAAAGGGACACUUAUAAGGAGUAAUUUAAGCUAAAUGUAGUAGAUUGUGGUCCUAGAAACCAGUCGGUGUUUGUGUCCUGCUCCAAGAGAUAACUUAGCUGCUGAUGGUAUCACAAUUGACAAGAGCUCUCGCCUUUUAGGAGUGCAGUGGUACUGCUUUGCACCAAUGAUCUCCGAGCUCAUGCUCAUCCAAACUCUGCUGCCCGCAAUGAGUAGUGCUACACAGAGAGGGCCAUUAUGCUGCCACAAAAUGUUCCAUUGUUGGACAGCAUUGAAAAAGCAGCAUCUGCGAGUUUUCCAGACUGUAUUUUCCUUCAUGGUCAUAUGUAAUGCAGCAGUCCUUUUAUAGUUGAUUGGCUACUAUUUAACAUUUAAAAAUGGCACAUUAGACAUCAUUGGGAUCAGAGAGAGAGUAAACUUUAUUUCAAGGACUCUGGUCUGGCUUUGCCCGCUUUGUUCCAUUUGUUGUCAGCCAUGUUGAGGUUUGUGAUCUGUUCGGUCACGGCUCGUUUGUAGUCGGGGCAUUAGUCCACCACUUUUCAAGGUGUUGCAAGCCUACAAGAGAGCACAAGUUUGGCCAGGCAUGCCUGAAUUGCAAUGUGCAUUAGGAGCAGGGUUUUGUAUUUUCACUGUAGUGGUGCCUAUCCUGCCCUGUGUUAGUCAUUUUCUCUAUUUUAAAAUUUAUGUGCUUGGCAAGAGUGACAUUUUCAACUCGGUGUUGUAAUGUACCUACUGGCUUCACUCGGUGUUUAUCUUUAGUGUCUCUUUAUGUUACUUAUGUGUUAUAGUCAGCUGUGGAGCAAAUCUUGCGCCUCAGUUUAUGAUAAAAUACUAGUUGCAGUAGCUGCUUGCCUGCUUUGUGGCCUCUGCGAUAUUUUAUUCUAUCAUUGAUGUUAUUGCUUGCCAAGCACUCUGCAUAUUCACAGUAUGGUAAUUGUCUUUGGGCCUUUGCCUUCUGCUUUGCCGAAUGAAGCAGCACCCUGUGGCCAGUGGAAUGGUACCUUGAGGGAUCUCAGAUAUGUGCAUGUGGUGUGUAUUUGUACCUGUUUUCGUGCAGUACUGUGCGAUGGUGAGGUGUCUUAGCAGUUGUCUCCUUCAACCUAACCCCCUCCCCCUUUCUUUGUCUUUUCCAUAUUUUGUUAUGAAUAUAUAUGUAUCCACAAGCAGCUCACAUUUUCUUGCCUUUAACACAUCUUGAAAUGCAGCUUUAUGCUUUCCACAACCAUUUGCUUUCUGUGCUCUACGUUUUGUUCUCUCCAAUAAGCGUUCCUCACAGAAGCAAGUGCAGCAUAGCUCUUGCCUUGCUUAAUUUUUCUUAAUGUGAGAAGGCAGUCAUAAUCAAACACCGACUUUGCCGGGAGCAUUUUAAAAAGCUUGAGUAGAACAUGAAUGAAAUGAGCAGUUUUACUGUCCUGAACUUUGCAGUAAGUUCUUUGUUGCUGUAUUUUUUGUUCCAUGGCACUGCCGCCUCAUAUUGCUACUCAUCGUAACUUAAGGGUGCAAAAUCAUGAAACGAUUGGAGUUCUAUUUGUUGGACCUCCUUAAUUAAACACAGUAAGAAAGCGCUUGUAAGAUCCUUUUGGGUUCUUUGUAGGUUUUCAGUCCACAGGUGUGCUCAGUUGUUGAGCGAGCAGUUUGCAGCUUUAGCUGGACAAAGCAUACAAGUCUGGAGAUAUCUAAAUAUCAGUCUGAGCGGGAUGGCACUAAAUACUGUUUCUCUGUCACUGCACAAUACAUUGUUGAUGACACAGGGUUAGCCAGAUUGCUUGCAGCUAAUUGUCAACGGAGACAUCACAAUUUUUACAUUCAUAUUUGCACAACAUAUAUUGGUGAUAUUUCCUUUUUCAGGCUUUUUUUAAAAAUUAGAACAUUGUGUGGCUCCCACCCAACAAUCCAUACAAUGAAUGGUUUAGUUAUGAAUCACUUGGGUGUUCCUCAAGCUCUACAGUGUUUGCAAAACAACCCGUUAUUUCCUCAAAUGCCACUGCAGCACUGAAUAUAAAUUGUGGCCAUGGGUCAACUGUUGACAAGCUCUAAGCAUUUUCCCCCCCUUGUCUGAUUGAACAGCUAAAUUGCACUGCAGUAUCUAUUGCUGACCUCUAGUGCAGUUUUAUUUUUCUUAAGGAUACAUGCUUCAGCUGCAUACAAUAUUAUUUGAAUCAGCUGUUUGAUGAUGAACCCUGAUAUUUGAAUUUCUGCUUCUUGUCUAGUCUGGCUUUGAUGUUUGUGGUUAAAUGAAUAUAUUUAUUAAGGUUUAUAAUGGCUAUGUUUGUGCUGUGUGCACCAGUGUUCUUUGGUAACUUGUGCAUUCUAAGCAUUUUGUUAGAAUUUAAUUUUGGCUUUAAGGUCAGAAUGAACAAAUUGUGCAGAGAGCUAUAUUAGACUUUUGUUGUGCUCUAAGGAAGGAGAUGCCAUUUUUUGUACAUGUGGUUUCCAGAAAUGAACACCUUGGUGUUGACCUUGUGUUGAAGUAGCACAUCUUAACAGAACUUUAUUGAGGUGAGAGGAUAAUUUGCACACAUUUUAAGUGUUACAUAUCAGCUUAGCGGCUGGUUGGUGGUAUUUAUGAUGGUGUAUGUAGUAAUAUAACUUAUGCAGCUUGUUUAUCUUUACAUUCUCAGCUCUUUGUAUAGUGGCCUGUUGUCUAUGGUGCAGACUGUAAUCUUUAGUUCAUAAAACAGACAUUGUCUUAU